UAAGAAGCUGGGUUAUAUUAAUUAGCAGCAUGAAGGCCACAAUAACAGAAUUUGCAAAGAUCUAUAUAAAGAAAGGUACAGCAGAUGCAUGUGGAUCAUAACCAUAUAUACACGGAUUGACACUGCGACGUUCUGAGGCGCGCUCUCUCUCUCUCUCUUUGGUACCAGCACUACCCUACGUACGUACAGCAGGCUGGGAGUCAAGUAGUCUAUGCUGUGAAUAGCCAGAAUGAAGAAACCAAAUCCGAUCCUUACGGUGUUGUCUGCGGCAUCAAUCGGUUUCUUGAUCGGCGUCUCUUUUCCCUUACGAAUCGCACCAACGGUGGUAUUCCCGUUCAGCCUGGGUGAUGGAAACUGCAUCGUCAGCGGCAGGAACAUACUUGCCAGAUUUUCAACACCCUUCGGAAAUAGCACUUCUACAGCAGAGGGGACUCCUGUGCUGCAGCAGUCAAAUGCCACUUCGGAUUCAGAGACUGCUCCGCUGGAAAAAACAAAACCAAAAGGCGCGGAGCGGCUACCACCAAACAUCGUUGUUCGAGAGUCUGAUCUUCACAUGCGCCGGCUUUGGGGACACCCGCGUGAGGACACCCCCCCUCGCAAAUACCUCCUGGUGCUGACAGUGGGUUACAGCGAUAGAGACAACGUCAAUGCGAUGGUUCACAAGUUCUCAGACAAUUUCGAUGUGAUGUUGUUCCACUACGACGGUCGGACGACAGAGUGGGAUGAGUUCGAGUGGUCCAAGCAAGCCAUUCAUGUCAGCGCCAGGAAGCAGGCCAAAUGGUGGUACGCCAAGAGGUUCAUGCACCCCAGCAUCGUGGCGCCCUAUGAGUACGUCUUCCUGUGGGACCACGACCUCGGAGUUGAGACCUUCGACGCGGAGGAGUACAUCAAGAUUGUAAAGAAGCACGGGCUGGAGAUUUCGCAGCCGGGCCUGGACAUCGUCAGGGGGGUCAAGAGCUUUGAUAUCAAUGUCAGAAGGAACGACACUGAGAUACACACGUCAACGUCUGCAGGGAAGUGCAGUACUAUUGACGUGCACCAGCGGCCGUGUAGCGGGUUCGUGGAGGUGAUGGCUCCCGUCUUGACCAGAGAGGCCUGGAGUUGCGUGUGGCACAUGAUCCAGAACGACCUGGUACACGGCUGGGGUCUCGACUGGAACUUCUGGAGAUGCGUCGAUGAGCCUGAGCAGCAGAUCGGUGUGGUCGACGCGCAGUACGUGGCGCAUCACGAGGGGUUUACGCUCGGAAACAAGGACAACGACACCGUGGAUGGAAGCCGCCGCAAGGUCAGGCUCCGGUCCUCAGCUGAGUUUGGCAUGUUGAAAGCCAGAUUGUACAAUGCGGACAGGGCCCAGGCCGCAGCUCUUCUUGCAAAAUCCAAUGCAGCGCCACCGUCAUAAAUCACUAGCGCUACCUGUCAACAUCACAUGCUAUACAGUAUUAUCCUCUACGAUACAGAACAAACUUCACCACAUUGCCUGUGAUUGUUAUGUCUUGGGAUUUUCUUUUUUU